UGAAGAACCAUCGCGGGGUCUUUCGUGCCAAGGUCUUGGCUGCCAUGACCUCACCUUGCGCGGUCUGCAGGGCAAGACUGGGAAAGAGGAUGUCAAGAGCAAGAGCCCCGCAUCCCAGUUCCACCUCCCGGAGCUCCGCUAAUAACGCUUCUGGUGUGUUUGGCAGCCGCGCUUGCCAGUCGCGUCCGCUGGGUGAGGGCGCAGAGUCCGUGAGUCCAGAGCGCAGGAGCAGAGGGAUAAUGAGCGAGCGGGAGCAGUGAGGCGCUGCGGGGACCUUCAGCUCGACCGCAAACGCCGGGGCAGGUUGCAAUGAGAGGGUCCCAUUUGUUUGAGGCGGGGCGCUGGGUCUGGGGACUUUCGGGGCGCGCACGUCGGAGGGCCGUGAGUGAUCCUGCCGUGAGGUGGUGGAUCCUGAGAAUCAGCGAUGCAUUUGCCUCUCCCCAAGAUGGAGACUCAUGCAACAGCGGAGCUGCGGAGUUCCGCCGUGGCGGAAACCCAAGGGUCAGCAUGAGCCGUACGGCCUACACUGUGGGAGCCCUGCUUCUCCUCUUGGGGACCCUGCUGCCGGCUGCUGAAGGGAAAAAGAAGGGGUCCCAAGGGGCCAUCCCCCCGCCAGACAAGGCCCAGCACAAUGACUCGGAGCAGACUCAGUCUCCCCAGCAGCCUGGCUCCAGGAACCGGGGGCGGGGCCAGGGGCGGGGCACUACCGUGCCCGGGGAGGAAGUGCUGGAGUCCAGCCAGGAGGCCCUGCAUGUGACCGAGCGCAAAUACCUGAAGCGAGACUGGUGCAAAACCCAGCCGCUGAAGCAGACCAUCCACGAGGAGGGCUGCAACAGCCGCACCAUCAUCAACCGUUUCUGCUACGGCCAGUGCAACUCCUUCUAUAUCCCCAGGCACAUCCGGAAGGAGGAAGGCUCUUUUCAGUCUUGUUCCUUCUGCAAGCCCAAGAAGUUCACCACCAUGAUGGUCACGCUCAACUGCCCCGAACUACAGCCGCCCACCAAGAAGAAGAGGGUCACUCGUGUCAAGCAGUGUCGUUGCAUAUCCAUCGAUUUGGAUUAAGCCGGGCCUACCCAGCCUGUCCUUGGGGUGCAAGCCCCCAGGCGGGCCCAGAACCAGACCUAAAUCAACCUGAUUCUUACUUGGCUUAAAUCUAGAGGCAAGAAGAACCACCAGCUGCCUUCUGCCAGGAGCCUGCUAGUGCGUAGUUUGUGUGCAUGAGUGUGCAUGGGUCCCUGUGGGUGUUUGCAGACACCAGAGGAAACACAGUCUCUGCUAGAGGGUACUUCCUAUUAUGUAAACGUAUCUGCUUCCAUGCGGGAUGGUACAGAAAGCCCACACCACCUGAGGCACAUUUGGAGGGGCAGGGUUCUGCCUUGGUCUUCCAUGUGCCCUCCUGGGGACCAGAACCUCCCUUCAGAAUGAAUGUUAGUGGAAGAGGCUACUCUGAGGGCAAGAGACCUGUUUUAGUGCUGCCUUGGCCUUAGGAUAUUUCAACCUGUGCUUGCUUUCCCCCUUCCUCUUCCCUGUCACAGUCCAUCCCUUCUUAGGAUCUCAGUGACUAUUUCCGUCUAAUCCCCUACCUGCCAGAGGCUCUAAAGUAACUCACUUGACCACAGAUGCAAAUGUUUCCUAUUUGGGGAAGACCUUUCAGACUCUGGGGGAGGCUGGUAGGGCAGGAAGGUUAGAGGAUUGAGAGAAGGGAGAGAUCGCAGGUGAGGACCAGUUGGCCCAGCAAAAUUCAGGAGGGAGGUGUGCAGAGCCUGGAAAGGCCAACCUCCAAACAUGGUGAGACCCAUGCUUUAGCAAGUUUUUUCCUGGUAUUUAAAGAACCCAAGGAAACAGAGGAGAAAUGAAAUUGCCCCCCCAAGAUCAUUAACUUUGUGAGUCACUGUGACUGUGGAAAUUAGCUGUAACCCAAUACCAAACUUAAAACAUAAAUAUUGACCCCUCCUAUUUUCAGAACCAAGUGAGUGAGCGAAACCAAAACAUCCCCUCCUGCUUGGCCCCUCAGAUGGACAAAAGAUGUAGUUCAGAAACCCCCCCCCCCCCACAGGAAUAGGAAAAAGACAAAAACCUUAUAAGCAGAAGGUCUUAUUAUCUUUCCUUUAGGCUGGGGUAUAAUCACCUCUUUCCCAGUUCCUUAUUCCUGUGUCAUGUUUCUGAGAGCCACAACCCUGUAUUGUAAAGAUUCUGCCUCUGCCGAAUGUACCUGACAGUGAAGGACCAGGCUAAGAUAAGAGCGUUUAGGCCUGCUCCUUUUUAGAAAGAAGUAUAUUUGGGGUCUUUUUGUUUUAGCCAUCUAUAAGAGAUUGAGCUGGAGAGCAGAGGAGAGUAAGGAAAGGAAGGAGAUUGCCUCUGGCUAAGGAGUAGUCAAAAGUCAGGGAGGACAUGUAAGGGAUACACCAGCCCUUCUUCCUUUGCCCUUGAAGGGUCUAAUGGGAACCCCCAGUUAAGAAAUGAGAGUAUUUGUGUGCAUUAGCUGUCCUGCAGCUGGUAGGAUUUAUGUAACAUUGUAACCAUUUGGAAACUACUGUUCCCUGAUUAAACUUAGGUUAUUUGCAAUGCGUAUUUAGUAUUUAUCUGAUGGCCAAAGCACAGGGUGGGUGAACCUUCCUGCAUUUUGGAUUUGGACAACUUGCUCUCUUCAAGCCUGAGGUUUUAUAUGUAAACCCCCCCACCCCCGAUACGAUUCUUGCCUUGCAUCCUCUCAGUCUCACCAGCCAAGUCAUGUGUAACAUGGGAAACAAACACCAUAGACUUGUG